UCUUAACAUUGCAUAUAAGCUUCUGUUUCUGUCACACAGGAUCAGCUGCUGUGGCUUUCAUGAGCUUCAACACAAUGGAGAAUCUACUGAAGCCCGACUUCUUCAACACAUCAAAUGACACGAUUAAAACCAUGAUGUCCACUGUGAUCUCAGCUACUCUUCCCAAAACCACCAACACUAAACUCACCAAACCAGUCAACUUCACCCUCAAACACAUCAGAGAGUUCGACCCCAGCGGUUCUCUGUCCUGUGUGUACUGGAAUAUCAGCGAGUGGAUUGUAGAUGGUUGUUCUGUUUUAGAGACCAACAGCAGCUACACUGUGUGUUCCUGUGUUCAUCUGUCGACAUUCGCUCUCAUCAUGCAAACCAGCAGACCACCAGAGAGCGACUCACUGCUGGAUCUGUUGAAUUUGGUGUGUGUGAUCGUGGGGCUGGUGUUCUUCAGUUUGGCCCUGUUGACCUUUGCCCUUUGUCAGUGGAGUCCUGGAGUGAAUAAUGUGGCUCGAAUCAACAUCUGCAUCAGUCUUCUGCUGGCUCACCUUCUGUUUCUGCUCACACAACAGUUCCUGAACCUCAUACGCCCCCUGCAGUAUACCAGUGGAUACCUGUGUGUGAUUGGAUAUACGGUUGCUCUGGUUGUGGUGACUCUGUCUGUCGGGCUGCUUCCUGAAGGCUAUGGCAGCGAACAGUGAGUUGGUGUUUAAAAUGAAUUUGAUUAGAAGGAAAUAAAUCAGCUUGGGGCUUUUGUGAUAUUUUUUCUAUCUGUUAAAAGUACAUUUUGUACACACUCUGUAUAAACACAUACAAGAUUAAAAAGAAUAAAAUAAAAAGGUCAACACCAGAAAUAGUAUUUUUGACAAAUUCAUCCAGUUCUUAUAUUGUGUUUUCCUACAAAUAGCUGCUGGAUAAAAUGAGGGUAACUAUGGUUUGUUGCAUGGCCAUUCAUUACCUACACAUGUCGCUCAUUAGCCCUGUGAUUUCCUUGUGUACUUAUACUCUGUGUUUUAGCUGCCUUGCAGAGGUGCAAAGUCCAGGGGUCAGAAAGUAAGUCCUGCCAUAUUUUUAUUC